GGAGGUUCUCGGCUUGCCCGUUCAUCGUUGAUCGUUAUUCGUUGUUGUUUCAGUACGGCUGAAAUCGCGACGGCCACUUCUUACCGCCACCGACAAGCUCCGUGUGUUUACGAUGCUCGUCCCGCUGUAAUUCCGUUCCCAGUUUUUCCCACCCGUUUCCCGACACUCCGACGUCGCCGUCGGUGUUGUUGUCGUUGUCACUCGUAUCGAGCGACAUAUCCGUGAAAAACUUAACAGCUGUGAAUAAUGCAAAAAGCCCCCAUCGUUUCGGCGCAGUGAGGUGUUGUUGUUCGACGUUUCGAAAUCUGAGGACAAAACUUUUAAGGGGAUACUUUCGACCGUCCGUUCGAAUUUCCCCUCGUUCGUCGCCGCACUUACUUCAACACUUUAUUUUCGUCCGACGCCAUAGCGCGCGCAAUAUUUUGGAUAAACGCCACACACACAAGAUGACUCCAUCCCCAAAUCAUAGACCUGCUGUCUCACCAACAUUAGGAAACAUUCUAAAAUUUGAAAAAAAUAUCAUUCAUAUGUCAAAUGGAUGUCCAAUCAUUCUAAAUACUUCGUAUCCUUUAACUGAGUCUAUUUCUGAUAAUCCACUCGAACCAAUAUCCAGAUCAAUGUCUGAUGAAACACCUUCUUGGGAUUUGACUACAUAUGAAAAUCGCUUGAGAACAUUUGAUGGAGUGUGGAAAUUACAAUUUAUAACACCUAACCAAAUGGCCAAAGCUGGAUUAUAUUAUUUAGGCAUACAAGAUCGUGUUAGAUGUUUGUUUUGUUCUAAAGAAUUUGAUUAUUGGCAACGUGGUGAUGACCCAUCUGUUGAACAUAAACGUCAGUCUCCACAAUGUCCAUUUUUUAAUGAUUCCUCAGCUGGCUAUGAUGUUUGUGGUCUUUACGGCUCUGCUCCAGCUGAUGUCCAGUCUAAUAAUGAGUCAAAAAAAGUACAAGACUUUUUAGAUUCUGUGGGCAUUCUGCAACAAAUGAAACCUCCUAAGCAUAAGGAAUUUGCAACGUUGGAAGCACGCUUAAAAUCAUUUGAAAAAUGUUUGAUAAAAUUGAAACAAGAUGUUCAAACUCUAUGUGAAGCUGGAUUUUUCUAUAUAGGCAAUGGUUCAAAUGACCAGAUGUUGUGUUACUACUGCAGUCAAGGUCUUAAGGACUGGGAAGAUGACGAUGAACCAUGGACAGAACAUGCUAGAUGGUCAUCAAGUUGUAGUUAUGUGUUAUUGAAUAAAGGCAAAAAUUUUGUUGACAAAGCAUGUGGUAUGAAAAGUAGUGAAAUCACAAAAUUCAACACAAAGGAGUUAUUCAAGUUGAUUGCUGAACAUAAAGAUAUGUCUAAUCUUGAAAAUAAUAUGAAAGUGAACUCGACAAAAAGGAUUCACAUUGUCUGUCAACAUCAUAAACUGAGAAAACUUGAUCAGUCAGAAAUUUCUGAUAUUAGUCAAAUUAAAAUAUCAUCUGACGAAAACCUACAUCUUUCUCAACAGCGAGACCCUAAUACAAUGCCAGAUUCUAUGUUGUGUAAAAUUUGUUAUAAAGAAGAAAUGAAAGUAGCGUUUAUCCCUUGCGGCCAUGUAAUUGCUUGUAUUCAGUGCGCUAUAACACUUGAACAGUGUGCUGUAUGUAGACAACCAUUUACUAUGGCAAUGAGAGUGAACUUAUCAAUGAAUGAAGAAAAAGGUAAAGAUCUCGAACAGUUACCGUGCAGUUCAUCACAGUGUUUCGAAGAACAAUUAGAUCCAAUGACAUGCAAAGUAUGUCAUAAAGAAGAAAUGGCAGCAGCCUUUAUACCUUGUAGACAUGUAUAUGCCUGCGUCAAAUGUGCGACAGAUAUGCACGAAUGCCCAGUGUGUACAGAAGGAUUCUGUGCCACUAUUCAGGUGUACUUAUAGGGCUUAUAAAAUUACCGUGACAUUGUGUGGUGUAAACCAUUCUAGUCUUAAAUUUUAAUUUGUUUAAUUAAUUUUAGCUUUAACAACUUAAUUUAUAAUGAAAUAUAAUAAGCACCAAAGUGGGCUAAAUCUUGCUAUGUUGUUGUGUUGUUGGUAUUUAUAUUAUUCUAACAAUGCACAAGAAUCAUAGUAAAACGUGAGACUGAUUUCCUUAGAGGAUGUUAUACAAUGGUUGUUAUCUCUAUCAUUAUAUAGUAAACUUAUAAUCGGUACAAUUAUGUUAUUAUUUUUAUAAAAGUACAUUGACAUAAUAUUUACUUUUUAAUAGUUAUUCUGAAUGUAAGUGUAAACAUAAGCGUUUUAAGACAUAUACAUGUAGAAACAGGUAUGAAGUCCUUUUAUGAUAAUUUUUAAAUCAAAUUGUUUGAAUAUAUUAUAUAAUCGUAAAGCUGUCAUAAGUUACUUUUAAUUUUAAUUUGAUUAUUUUUAUUUCCAUAUUUUGCACUCGGGUUGAAUGAAUACAGCAAUUAUAGCUCUUAAAGUAGAUACUCUGAUGUACAGUUUCUUUGUAAAUAAACAUUUUUGUUUUCUUUUGAUUGUUGCUAAUAAUAAAACAACAAUUAUUUAGUGUUUUAACUAUAAAAGAAUAAUUAUAGAAUAAAAAUCUGAUUUUAAAAUUAUGAA